AUGCCUAAAAAUACUAUUAAAUAUGUUGUAGACCCAAUAAACGUAAAAACAUCAUGUUCAAGUGAAGAUUCUUACAUCAGAUGUGUUGAAUAUGGUAAAUCAAAAGCCCAUUAUAGUAAUUUAAUUUUAUUAGCAAAAGCAAUUUUAGCUGGUGUAUUUGUUGGAGUUUGCGCACAUGCGUCAGGAAUAGCAGGAGGAUUAUUUUAUUAUCACAAAUUAAGAGAAUAUGUAGGAAUAUCUAUGGGCUCUUUUUUAUAUGGUUUUACAUUUCCAAUUGCUUUUUUAUGUAUAAUAUGUACAGGUUCAGAUUUAUUUACAGGAAAUACUUUAGCCGUUACUACAGCACUGUUACAAAAAAAAGUUAAAAAAUUAGACUAUUUGCGAGUUAUGAUUAUAUCAUUAUUAGGUAAUUAUAUAGGUGCAUUAGCAUGUGCUUUUUUUAUUUCCUAUGGUUCAGGAGCCUUUAAUGAAAAUGCAGAUAUUAGUAAAAAUCAUAUUUUUCAAUUUUUAAAUGAUAUUGCUGUAAAAAAAGUGAACCAUUCAUUUAUUGAAUGUGUAUGCCUAGCCAUUGGAUGUAAUAUUUUUGUUUGUUUAGCUGUUUAUUUCGUCUUAUCUAUAAAGGAUGGUUCUGGUUUAGUAUUUAGUGUAUUUUUUGCAGUUUAUUCUUUUGCCAUUGCUGGAUAUGAACAUAUAAUAGCAAAUAUUUAUACACUAAAUCUUUCACUUAUGGUUAAAACCAAUGUUUCCUUUUUUGAAGUAUAUUUUAAAAAUUUAUUUCCUACACUAAUUGGAAAUUAUAUUGCAGGUGCUUGCAUUUUAGCCUUUCCCUUGUAUCUAAUUUAUAGAAAUCAUUACAAAAAUUAUGAAAAAAUGAAUGAUGAAUUAAAUAAUGCUGCAUUAAAGACCUUGUCUGUAGAGCUACAUAAUGGUAGCAAUGAUAUAAAAGAUCAGCCUUUUGGAAAGGCAUUUAAAUAA